CUAAAUUUUAUCAUAUUUUAAUUGAUUAAAAUUUCUUGCUGACAAACGGGUAUAACCUAAUGGUUUGAAGGAUAGUGACAAAGAUUGAUAAAGAUUUAAAAUUACAAUUAAUUAGUUUUUGUGGGCUGUACUGUGAUCCUUAAAUAUAGUCUCUAAGUGUCAUCUAAUGAUUCUUGUUUUGAAUAUGCCUGACAAGUUUUUUUGUUACACUGAAUGACAUUUUAGUGGGUGUCUUCAGUAAAUCAUGGUAUUUUACAGAAUUGUGCUGUUGUUUAAUAACUUACCUAAUUGUUCAGCUGAUGAAGUGUCUUCCUGAAAAGACUUUCAGUAGACAAAAAUGCCACAAAGCAGUUUUUAAAGAUUUUGGACCUUUAUACUGGACACAUACCAAUGUAAAACCUCUAAUUCUGUGUUCGUUUCAAACCUGCAGGCAUCUAGUAGUUAAACCAUGGUGUUACACGUGGUUACACAUUAAUCUGCCUUUCAUCCACUGGAUUUCAAAUACCUUUGCUUAAACACUGCAUUAAUCUGAAAUUACAUUUUUCUUCUAAUAUUUGUAUUUAUAUAGAAAUAAAUUAUGCAUAAUUUAGAAGUGAUUAUUGUCUAGUACAAUGAAAUUGCCUACAAAAUUAUUUUUGAAAAAACAAAAUUGCAAAUUGCUUAUUGUCUUUGGUCUGUUUUGAAGAUCAAGAGUGUGGUGAAGACCAGAGUGUUAAUGAGUGUGUAUGUGUGUGUUCGCUCCCGCAGGACAGACAGGAGAAGCAUCCCUUCACUUCUUUCAGACCCAUGGCCGCUGCAGACACGCUGGUCCAGGAUCUGAAGUGGAGUCCAGGGGACGCGCCCCGUCUGGCCGUGUGUCUGUCUGAUGGCAGUAUGAUGGUGCUGGACGUUCAGGUCUCCGUCAGUGUGGUCGCUCAACUUCCUGCCUCUGUGGGAAUCACAUGGGUUUGCUGGAGUCCCAAAGGGAAGCAGGUGUCUGCUGGGAAAGAGGACGCCACAGUGGUUCAGUUCACCCCUACCUUACAGGCCAAGAAGGUGAUUCCUUGUCCCAGCUUCUGCAGUCAGGAUCACCCCGUCAAAGUGCUGGAUGUGUUGUGGUUGAGCACUUUUAACUUUGCGGUGGCAUACGCAGCGACUGAUGGGUCUCUGGAGAUGCCGCCGAAGCUGGUGGUCGUAUCGUUGCCCAAAAAGGAUGAGAAGAGAGACGAGCGCUAUCUGAACUUCAAUGACCUGGUGUACGGCACCUGCACCGAGAGGCAGCAUCACUACUACCUGUGCCAUAUCGAGGACUGGGAUCUGGUAUUGGCUGCAUCGGCUGCUGCUAUUGAAGUCAGCAUUAUUGCUAAACAGGAGGACAAGGUGAACUGGGAGCUGUGGUUGCUGGAAGACACCAGUCGAGCCGAGCUUCUUGUCACAGAGAACAGUGAGGACACACUUCCUGUGGGCAUGGCCAUCGAUUACACCAGCCAGGAGGACAUACUCCUGUCUGAUAAGAAGAGGUUGCCUCCGGCGCCGACACUGAUGCUGCUGUCUACAGAUGGAGUUCUGUUUCCUUUCUCUUUACUGAACCUCAACCCAGGGGUCAAACAGCUGACCAUGGCUGCCGUCCCACUGCCCGAGGAUGGAGAGAGAGCGCCUGCUGCCAAGUCAUCGUCGUUCUCUUCUGCUCCCGUCUCUGCAGCGUCCUCCAUCUUCCCAUCUUUCCCAGCAUCUUUUGCCACAUCCCUGCCCCCAGCCACCUUAUCCUUCAAAAGCCCUCCCCCAGCAGCCACUGCUGCCACCUCCUCAGCCAUGCCCACUUCAGUGUCCUCCACAAAUUUCUCCUUCUCUCUUCCUGCUCCGAACUCUGCCGGUCCCUCUGGCUUCUUGCUGGGCUCCACCACGGCUGGUUUCUCCUUCAGUGCUCCCAAACCCUCCUCCGACAAUCCUGCGUUCUCCUUCACUUCCUCCUUAGCACUGAAGGAGGUCAGCAGUGCUCCAAUGGCCAUUCCUCCUCAGCGUCCACCUGCCAUGUCUCCCAUCAUCAGUGGCCCCAAAGCGCCAGUGGAACCUGCAACACCUGCUGUCAGGAUGAAUCUCACUGACAGGUUUCUGGCGGUGGACUCUCUGCCGUCAGUCGCAUCUACUGCCCAGCCGUUUUCUUUGACCUCCACGCCUAAACCCGCAGCAGUGGAGGUCAGUGGCCCGCCGACAGCAGUGCUCAAACCAGCCGCCCCUGCAGUGUUGUCUCGUGCCGCUCAAAUCAGCGCUCCUCCAGCCGCUUCACUAAAACCAGCCGCAGUCGCUCCUCCUGCGUCCAGCACUCCGUCUGCACAGACUGUGUCUGUAAAAGCACUGGAGAAACACCUGCAGCAGAAGAAAGACUCGGACCCCGUCAUGACUGAAAUACUGGAGGAGAUAGGACACUUUGAGAAGGAGCUGGACGAUCUGAAGACUCGCUGCAGAAAUGCUGAUUUCAGGGUGGGCAGCAAAGACGACAUGAGAGACCUGUGGAAAGACUCUGAGAACUUACAUGCCUUCACACUGGAAAUCAGAGACACCACAGAGGAAAAAACACUCUUGCUUGUGUGGCACAUGAUCGCCCCGGAAAGAGAGGCUCUGUUUGCAGCACUGGCCAAUAACCUGGACAUCAUUAACCAGCAGAAGCAGCGCCUGGACCGGCUGGAGAGUGACCUGCACAAGCUGAGGCUCUACAGAGGGACGUCAGUGUGGAGCUUCACCAGCCAGGCGCCCUCCACACCCUCAAGACAGAGUCUGGACAGUGAACUGGAGAGUUUGAAGGAUUCUCUUCUAAAGGUCAGUCUGGAAACGGCACCCAAGGUUCCUGCCAAAUCACCAUCUAAAAUGAUCCCAGCCAAACAGUCACAGCUGAGGAACUUCCUGUCAAAGCGACAGACUCCACCGGUGCACUUCACAGCUCCAGUAACAUUCUAUGAGGAUCUGGAUGAGGUGAGCUCCAGUUCAUCUCUGUCUCAGCCUUUAGAGCCCGAGGACUCGCUGGCCGUGGCCCAGGAAGAGGAUGAGCCUGCACGCGUCCCGGUGCUGACACCCACUGUCCCGCGACACCCUCUACAGCCAGGCUUCAGUAUCCAGUCCAGUCCGUUCAGCAGAGGUGUUGCAGCUCCGAAGAUAAACAUGGACAGUGCCAACAGCACACCAUUAGCCACAAAAACAGUCAAGCAUGGAGCUCCACCCACAGAGAGGAGCACGCCUACCACAAUCCCCGCCCCUCAGACUGCAGGAAGAGCCACCCUCAGCAGACAUAUGACCAGCCAGAAACCAGGAGUGUCUCUGACAGAGUCCACACUCAAGAUGGUUCCUCAGGUGGUAAACGUACAGGAACUGAAGAAUAAAGGUCCACCCAUACCUGUGUCCACAACCAUCAGCGCAUCUGUUCCAGCACUGGCGGCUCAGGUGGUUCAGCAGGUUCUGGCAACGAAGCCAAUAAAGUCCCAACACUGCUGGCAGGUCCUGCCCAGACUACAGCAGCUAGUUUUGUGUUUGAGGUCAUCAGGGUUCAGUUUCACCUCUCAAUCACAGGACACCAACAACAAUCAAGCAAAGAGUUCUAGCCUACCGGGCAAGUUCUCUUUUGCAAGCAGCAUGGGAACAAAGAUGGAGUUUGGUCCUGUGGGGUCUGAGGAACCUUUUUCCUUUACUCCAAAAUUGGCAUCUCCUUCACACAGCGUGAGCCCCUCUACACCACCUCCUGAGCUAUCUAAGCUCCCUCAAGCUCCCAAAGCCCAGGGCAAUGCUGGAGAAACUCUCGGCUCCUUUUCUGGCUUAAGAGUGGGCCAAAGUGAAGAAGUAAAGGAAGCUCCCAAGACCACCUCGAGUUUCUCCUUUGGACCAACUGGCAAUGGAUCUUCAGGAUUUGCAUUUGGUUCUGCACAAAUCAAGGCUGCAGAAACUGGAAGUUUAUCAGAAUCAACAGGUGCUGCAACAGAGGCUCCAAUGACGACUACGGCACAAGGAUUUGGCACAUCUACAUUCACCUUUAAACCACAGGAGGGAACUGCUCCUUCAGUAAAGCCAACUUUCACCAUUGCCUCGACAUCUUCCUUUACUACAGCCGACACUUCUUUUGGUAGUCUUCUGCGAGCACCUUUGUCAGAAAUGCAAACUCUUCCAACGAAGUCCCUCCAGCCAGAGACGAUGACUUCCACUGAACCAGCUCCCUCCACUGAUACAGAACCUAAGGAACCUCCAGCAGAACCCAGUCAUAAACCACCAACCUUAAGUGCUCCAUCAGCCAUACCAGUCACUGAAGCCCCUGUUCCCACCAGUACCGAGCCUACUGCAGCUCCUUCAAACAAGCCCCCAUCUCCUCCGACUCUUGGGGUGUCACCCACUCCUCCUCUCUCAGUUACCCCACCAUCCGAGAUGCCGGUGCCUGUUUCUGAGCCUCCUGCAGCAGAGCCAGUGUCUGAUCCUCCCCCCGAGACCACCAUAACUUCCACAGCCACUCCUUUACCCCAAGAGACACCAGCAACCACCUCAUCUUCAGGUCCAGCGUCCGACAAACCAGGCUCAAUCUUUGCCCAACCUUCAAGUGGCACAGACAGUCUGACAAUAGGAACCAUCAGUCUUACCAGUGUCGUUGCUACAGCAGCCUCCUCCAUCCCAUCUGCAGCCAUCACCACCAGCACAGCUCCAACCCCAGGCCCAGGCUUCGAACAACCCACUUCCGUUGCUCAGACCACAGCAUUCGGAUCUACCGUCUUCUGCACCAAUUCUACCACCUCUGGCUUUGGCAAACCUGCCUUUGGACAGAGUGCCGGUGCAGGUUUCGGCCAGCCUGCGGCCUCUGUAUCUGCAAGCAGCUUCUCUUUUGGUCAGUCGGCAUUUUGCGCAAGUUCUGGAUUUGGGCAGCCAGCUGCGGCCUCUACCACAUCGGCCACCAGCAGCGGAGGAGGAGGACUGUUUGGAUCCUCUAGCACCAACAGUGCCAGUUCCUUCUGCUUUGGAGCCAGCAGCACCAGCUCUGGCACUGGGGUCUUUGGCCAGAGUAGCGCUCCUGUCUUCAGACAGUCCAGCUCAGGCUUUGGCCAGGGAUCCAUGUUUGGGAGCAACACCACCACAGCAUCCUCCUCUUGAUUUGGCUUUGGACAACAAACCAACUGCUUUCAUUCAAGCACAAAGAGUUUUAUGUUUGAUUUCUUAAUAUCUCUGUGUGUUUUUUUGUUCAGUGUUUGGCAGCAGCACCUCCACCUCAUCAGUGUUUGGACAGCAGGCCAGCGGAGCCGGGUUUGGACAGGUCCAGCUAACCUGUUUGGGAGCAGCGGAGCAAAGGGCUUUAGUUUCGGCAGCAGUUCGUUUGGUGAACAGAAACCCAGCGGUUCAUUCAGCUCUUUCACGGAGUCUGUGGCUGCACAGGGUUUCGGGUCGUUCUGUACACCCUCCAAACUAGUUGGUUUCGGAGACGCGCCGGUCUUUAGCAGUCCUCCUACUUUCGGUGGAUCUCCAGCAUUUGGUGGGUCUGCGGGGUUUGGCUCCACCCCUUCCUUCAGCAGUCCGCUGGGCUCCUCCUCGGGGAAGGUGUUUGGUGAGGGAACCACGGCCGCCAACAGUGGGGGAUUUGGGUUCGGGUCUCCUCAGAAUGCGCCGUUGUUCAGCUCUCUAGCGGGUUCGAGCACAGGGGCGCCGUCGUUCGGGAGUCUGGCGCAGCAGCAGCAGCCACCGUCAGGAUUCGGCACACAGAGCGGCGCUUUCCCUGGCUUCGCCUCGUCUGGAGGGUUUGGAGGUUUUGGGAACACCAACAUAAACACCAACCAACCCUCGUCUCAGACGUUCAGCAGUUGGAGGAGUUGAUCUGUGGACACUGACAUCAUCUGAUCUGAUAUGCUGUGAAUUUAUAGUAUGCACGCAGGAUUGAAAAUGCCAUGAGGUUCAUGUUCUUUACAUGUGCUGAUGUCCUCCUGUUUUAUGUUUAAUGUGUUUCUUCUGGUUAACUGCACAAUAAGGAAUAAACUCAAGCGCUGUUGACCGUA